UACUUUUAUUGACGAAGAAAUUCGUCUGACUUAAAUACCUGCGGUGUAAAGACUGCCAUCAGUUUUACAGCAUUUGUUCCAAAGAAUUUCCAGUGAGAAUGGAUAUUUUUAUACUUUUAAUAUUUGCUGCUACCAUCGAGUACAAAAGUAUGAUGGUGGCUGCUAAAGAGCCAGCGUGUUCAAAAUUCGACUUCGAAGAGAAACUAUUAGAAAAAGUGAUACGGAUGGAGAUUAAAGUUGAACAAAUCGUAGAGGAGAUGAAGAAAACGAAGACAGACAUGACAAAAAGGGUGACAAAUGCUGAAAAUAACGCCAUAAAAUUUCAAGAAGAUAUAAAGAAGACUAUGAAUACUAUGGAGGAAAAGUUCUCUGCAUUUAAAGAAAACGUAUCAGCUCCAAACAUCGCCUUCAACGCCCACCGUACGUCUUCAUUGACUGCAAACACAAAUGACGUCAUCGUUUUUGAUACCGUCAUACUGAACGAAGGUGAAGGUUAUGACAGUGAUACUGGAAUAUUCACAGUUCCUGAAAGUGGACUCUAUUACUUUGCAGCUCAUGUUUGUAUUGUUGGUGGUAAAGGCGCAAACUACGCAAUAGUUAUUGAAGGUACUGAAAUAGCCGCCAGUAGUGUAUAUAGUACUAAGUACAAUUGUAAUUCUGUAACUGCCGUUGCCAAAGUUAAGUCUGAAGAACGGGUGUCAACUAAAAUUCUAUAUCCAUCAAACCUGCACUAUGACAAAUACAGACUUACUUCAUUCACUGGUGCACUUUUGACUAGACAUUGAUAAUUAUGAUAAACUUGUUCUUCGUAUAAAAGAUUAACACUUUGGCAGAUUGUUUAAACUUUCGAUAAAAUCAUUUUUCGCUCGGCUGUCGGACAAGUAAAACAAAAUAAAAUAAAACAACAGACUAGAAGGAUGACUUCUCUAUUUUAUCGUCAACGCACAUGUUCUGACAACACUAUUAGAGCUAUGUCAAUACGUUAUAAAAGACUUUCAAUUUAAUUUUACUAUACAGUUUAAUGUUAAACGUUGUAAACCAUGUGUUUUUCGUAUGAGAUUAAUGAUAAUUGAUGUGCAAUGUGGCUAUUUGGAAUGAAUUAUCACAUUCUCUGCACCAAUGUUAAAACAAUUCAUUCGCACUAAAUAGAAAAUUUUCUAACCCAUACUUGUCAGAUACAUAAUAAGAAUAUUGCACCAGAAGCUUGCGUCAUACAGCAACUCUUCCGUGCUCCUAAAAAGAACACAAUCUGCUCCUUAAAUCUUUGCCUCUGACUUGUCAUAAAAUGUAUCACCGCGUAAUUGGUGUUUUCUUUGACGUUACGUUGCUUUUCUGACAGACAAGAAAUCUAGUAGAUAACAACAUCUUUGAAAGGUAUGUCGAACUUUUAUUCACGUAAAGAAGAACGCUGAAAUGUUUUUGUACAAUGUGCAUUUUAAGAUGAAAAAAAAAACAGAAUUAAAGAAUACCAUUUUGUUAUUCAUAUUCAUGACAUUGUUCAUUGUUGAAGGGUAUACUUAAUUCAUACUUUCAAGAUUUCAUUAUCAAACCUUAGAUACUCCUAAUAUUGCGGUCGCCUCUCAAUACACACACCAAGUUAUAAACAAAUGAUAAAAAAGGAUUUGGGUUAGAUCUAUCAUAAAAGCAUGAAACGUCAAAAAAACCUAAACACGAAAUUUCU